AAUGGCACGAAGAGGAUAGUAACCACCACCAUAAUAAGCUCCCCCUGCUUAAAAGAAUCAAACAGGAAAAUUCAAUCCAGCUGAAUUUGUUAAACCUGGUUUGACUGAAGAAGAAGUUUUGGAAAUCAAAGAAGCAUUUGAUUUAUUCGAUACAGAUGGGUAUUUAUAUAUAUCAUUAUUCAGCACUUAAUCUAUUGAUCCAAAAGAAUUAAAAGCUGCAAUGACUUCUUUAGGAUUUGAAGCAAAAAAUCAAACCAUUUACUAAAUGAUUAGUGAUUUAGAUACAGAUGGAAGUGGUUAAAUUGAUUUUGCAGAAUUUUUGAAAUUGAUGACUGCCAGAAUUAGUGAAAGAGAUUCAAGAGCUGAUAUCCAAGUACUUUAUACCUUAAAUUAUAAUAGAAAGUCUUUAAUUUGUUUGAUUCAGAAAGAGCAGGAGUUAUUACCUUAAAAGAUUUAAGAAAGGUAGCAAAAGAAUUAGGAGAAACUAUGGAUGAUUCAGAAUUAUAAGAAAUGAUUGAUAGAGCUGAUUCAGAUGGAGAUGCUUAAGUAACAUUUGAAGAUUUCUACAACAUUAUGACCAAAAAGACCUUUGCCUGAA